CAAUUCAAAAUAAAUGGUUCUCCUGUUUGCAAGAUAUAAUGUCAGAUUGGAAUGAGAAACUCAUUAAAGCUGCACAGGAAGGGAAGAUCGAGGAUGUAAAAUUAUCUUUACAAAAUGGAGCCGACAUUGAAUAUAAAACUGUCAAAGGAACAACUGCAUGUAUGUGGGCCUCAUGGUAUGGACACUUGGAGGUGAUCCGCUAUUUACUUGACCAGGGAAGUAACAUAGAUACACGAAAUAUAAAUGGAUUUUCAGCUUUAUUGUUAGCUGCACUAUCAGGACAUUUGGGGGUUGUACAACUAUUAAUUGACAGAAAAUGUAAUAAAGUGGCCACAAAUAUAACUGGUAAUUCAGCUUUACAUUUUUCUGCUUGGUCGGGAGAUCUACCAAUGACCAAAUGGUUGGUAGAAAUUGCAGGAAUGGAUCCCUCGAUUACGACAUCAUCGGGUGAAACACCAUAUGAUUUAGCCAGGAAUCACGGGUAUUACAAAGUGAUGGAGUAUUUACAGACAGUCAUACCAACACUGUCAGAAGAUAUCAGCCCGACAACAUCAGGAAACAUGCAAUCCACGCCAAAAGCUAAAGAUGACAAAGUUCCAAUUGAAAUAAAAUUGAUGUCCGACAAAAAAUAUGUUCCUUUGUAUCUCAAAUUACUGGAGUCUGGUUCUGAGAAAAAGAAGGAUAUUCGUUUAGUCAUUGUCGGGAAGAAGGGAGCCGGCAAAACUUCAUUACUCAAACGAUUGUUUGGAGAAAAAAUACACAACAAAGAAAUGACCAGCACAAAUGGGAUCGAAAUUCAUAGAAUAAGAUGCAAUGCAAAUUGUGAUGAUGGUGAAUGGUAUAAAUUAGAAGGCAAUAAUGAAGAAACUGAACGUCAUGCAAGACUGUUAAAACCGUAUAAGGAAACCCUUAUUAACCAUCGUAAGCGACCAAUGGAAGCAUCAGAAGAAGUAACAGCCAAAAAGCUUAGACCGAACUCAUCAGAAACUAUCAUAUAUAUGAGGGAAUCAGAGGAAUCAGAAGCAGCCUCUUUUCAGUCGGAAAAAAAUACAGAUCCUGUAGCUAUUGAAAACCAGCCAUCUCACCUGUUGAUAGAACAAGCAUAUAAAGAUAUUGAAGCCAUGCUACAAUCUAAAAUUGAUAUAAACGAUAAAGAAAAGUAUGCCACAUUAUUGUUAUGGGAUUUUGCAGGUGACGAAGAAUUUUACCACACACAUCAAACCUUUUUGUCUCCAGACGCCAUUUAUCUCGUUGUAGCAAAACUCAAUGAGGCUGACGACAAAAAUGCACAAGAUUUAUUUCGAUUUUGGAUGAAUUCAAUACAUUGUUAUACUAGUAGUAGAAUGGAUGAGAUGAAAAAUGAAUGUGAGGACAAUUUUAAAACAAAAGAUGAUUUUGAUCCACCAGUGGUUAUUGUUGGUACUUGGAAAGAUGCUGUGACAUCAGAGACAAAAGAGGUAAACUUGGUAAUGAAAACGUACACAUAAAGAUGAGCACAAUUUCAUAUUGUUGGUUUUUUUCUGUAAUUCUAGUGGGAUUUAAACUUUUAUAUCACCAAGGCCUACAACUAUAAAAAAGAUAAGACAAAUUGCAUACGAUUUGAAGAGUUAUUAUAUGUUUAAGUGA